AUGGGUAUUACAGAUUUUUUUAGAGGUGAUCGUACUGCUGUCAGUAAGGUUGAGGCUGAGCAAGUGAAUGCUGUUGCAUUAGCUGAGAUUCAAAAGGAGAUUGAAGUAUGUAAGAAAGAAAAGGAUGAUAAUGGUGAUGAGACAGGAUCUGAAUGUUCAGGUGGUUGUGAUAGUGAGGACAUCGAGAAUGGUGAAGCUGUCUUCUCUAAAUUACAAAUUGAUUAUGAUACCCCGUUAUUGAAUUCAUCAAAAUGUCCAAAAUUACAUUUUGUUGUUCCUAGUUCAAAGAUUGAUUGGGCUCAUGAUGCAUGUAUGGAAAAUGUGGAUUCUGUAGAGUAUAAGAUUAGUAAAUGGUGUGAAUCACAUAUGGAACAAUAUGAAAAGAUUGGUGAGGGCCAAAGUUUAACAUGCAGUGUAACUUCACAACCAAUUGAUAUAAUGGAUAUUGAUGUAAUGAGACAUAAGAAGAAUAAUGUUUUAAUCUUACCAUAUUUUAUUUGGAUUAAUGAUUUGAAAGCAGAUCGAGUUGAUGAAACAUUGAAUGAAUUGGUUCCAAUUAUAUUAAAUAAAGAAUUAACUAAAGAACAAGUAAUUGAAAGAUUCCCAAACAUUUCAUUGGCUAGUGAUAAAUCCUUUGUUUUCAUUUGUUCACAUACAACAAGAGAUAAAAGAUGUGGUGUUACUGCACCAUAUAUGAAGAAAGUAUUGGAUAAACUGUUGCAAGCACAUGGUUUAUAUCGUGACAAUUCGGAUUUUAGACCCGAUGGUUGUAGAGUAACUUUCAUAAAUCAUGUCGGAGGUCAUAAGUUUGCUGGUAAUGUCCAAAUAUACUUAAGAGAUACACAGACUUUAAUUUGGUUAGGACGUGUUACUCCUAAAUUCUUGCCUACCAUUUUUGAACAUUUAAUAUUACCUGAGAAUCCAACUUUACCAUUACCUGAAAAGGUUAGAUGUGUUAGAAAAUAUCAGAAAUGGUAA